GCAUCGCACAUCGCAUCAACACACACACAUACACACACAGCUCGCGCGCACACGCCACGAGCAGUACAUUGCAGACACCGGACGAACACCACGACAGCCGAGGACAACGAGUCACCCGACCAGACACGACUGACCGAUUUGCCGGGUUACCUCACAUCGCCACAGCCCACCUACACACCCCAUCUCACACGACCUCCCGCACACGCCCUUGCUCCACGGGGCACCUGUUCGAGUCCCGACCGCCCGCACUGGCCACCACCCACCCACCCAGACCCACCAACCAUCGUCACGCACUAUCUCACCUACCUCACUAGCUUCACUUCGCUCGCCAUAUAACCACUUCCACUCCCCCACACACCACCGCCCACUAUGCCCGCCUCUGCAGUCAUUGUCCAGCACGCCGCCCACACGCCAUUGUCGGGCUCGCCGCUCGGCUCGCCGUCCCUCCGCCCCGUCGCUUCCACCCUCUCGCCCGACGAGCCGCGCGGCGGCCGCUCAGCCACGCAGACACAGCGCCCCUACUUCUCGCCGCGGCUGCAGCGGAGCCGCUCGCGCCCCCGCGGCGAGAUUGGCAUGCAGAGCCUCCUCUUCGCCGAGAGCGUCAUGAAGGUCGUCAACUCGCGCCGUGCGCGCGCAGUCGUCCUCGGCAUCUCGCCCGCGUCCCCCGGCGGCACGCAGCGCGAGACGGUCGAGUUUGUCGUCGACGUCCCCGUCUGGUCGGCCGGCUGCUUCUCUGACCUCUCCACUCUCCACGCCCUCCGUGACAAGACAUUGGCCAACGUCCACGGUCUUAUCAACCACCUCGCCGAGCAGCACUCGGUCCACGCCACCUACAAGCUGCUUGCCCGCCGCCCAUUGUCGGUCGGCUGGGGCUGUAUCCGUCUUGUGCCGUCGUCGCUCGACGAUGUGGCUGGCACGCCGUGCAAGCACAACCGCCGCACGUCGUUUGUCAAGCCCGAGGGCUCGCCGCACGCGCCGGCCGUCUCGUCGCCCCGCCGCCCCUUGUCCAUGUCCUUUGAGCACGCCAUUGUCGACGAGCCCGAGGAGGAGGUCGAGGUCGACGUCAAGAAGGGCUACUCGAAGGAGAGCAGCGACGACGAGGACGAGGAGGAGGCCGACUCGCUCGUCAAGGCCGAGGUCGACAAGCGCGGCGCCAAGGAGGGCCAGUCGUUUGUCAUGGUCAUCCACGGCAUGGAGAGCUUGAUCUUGGUGUGAGCAGCGGCGGCGGCGUUGCAGCCAGCCACGCAAAGCUCAAAUCGCGCCCUCUCGACGAACCCGCGCCGCGCCGCGCCGCCGCCACCCCCGCGGCCCGGCCGCCGCCACCCCCACAGCCCAUCUCAACUACCCCAUCCCUAGAACCUGUAAACAGGAUGUUGUACUCGGCCAUCUCGAGUUUGUACUGCACGUGUGUAUAUGCAUGAUUGAAGAAGGCA